AUGCACAUCAACGACCUACCGAGCGAGAUCCUCACCGACAUCCUGCUCCGCGCCGCUCGCGCCAACCAGGCCGAGGGCGAGAGCUUCACCUAUGGCCUGUCUCAGGCUCCGCUACCGGGCGAGCGUGCCAAACUCACCAAGUAUGUUCGCGGACCGGUAGCGACGGACUCUCUGCGAUGGGACGCCACCAGGGCCAUCCGGGAAGUAUGCCAUGAAUGGCACCAGUGGGCGCUCGAGUACAACUUCGAGCGCAUAUUCGAACGACGGUGGCGAGGGGCUGAACGAUGGGCGGACUUGACCAUGUCGCGCCGCAGCUACCAGUUUUAUGAAAUGAACCAGAUUGGACCUGGCCACGCCGUCUAUCGUGACCCGUUUGGCUCCCUCAAGCACACAGAUCGGCUGUUCAAUGCUGUGCCCACCGCGGCAAACCACGUGCGACGACUCUGGUUCAACGGCUUCCAUACCGCGGAGACCGACAAGCUCAUCCUUUCCGUCGUGGCGAGCUGCGAUGCGCUGGAGUUCCUGAGCGUGCCGUGGACGGUUUUGCGUAGGGGCUCCGUUGACGACUGGGUGGACCUUUUAAACGUUAACACCGGUCAUGGAAAGCCGCUGCACUCUCUGGAGCUUACAGCACAGUGCCUGCCUGCAGAUCAAGCAGGCGCACUUGAGAAGGACGCCACACCAAGCCCACUAGAGCACCCAGCAGUCGACUUCAGCGGCCUCAAGCGCCUCAAGAUCUUCGGCAACACGCUGCACAAACCCAUUUGCGACGAGGACCUCACCCUCAUCGCCCGCACCGCCACCAACCUCAAAAUCCUCGACUUCACCAACCUCUCUACCAUCUCCGUCGCCGGCAUGCUCGCCCUCGUCAAAGCUUCCUCCCGCACCCUGCAAGUCCUGGAACACUCCCCGCGCUCCGACGACGGCUUCUACCACCCCUUCCCGGGCCACAUCGACGCGCACGUCUGCACCCUCAUCUCCCACCUCCCGCAGAUGCGCGACCUCUCCAUGUCCGUCCCUUACAUGUGCGCCCGCCUCUUCGCCAACCUGGAGGUCAAAUGGUCCGGCGAAUGCCAGGUCCGCACCACAGAUAUCUGCCACUGCUUUGCGUCCACCGGCCUGCACACGCGGAUGGAGAAGCUGCGCGAGAUGUUCAACGCAGCACGCGAUCUAAUCGCCGCUCGACGGCGGAUGGGACAUAGUCUGAGCAUCGAAAUCUUCUUCGCAGGGUGCAUUUUCGAGCCCGAGAAGAGGCUGGUGCAUGGGGAUUUUGCGCUGGCGGAGAUUAGUUCGAGUGGGCAGUGGCCCGCGUCAAGACAGUCGAGUACCAAGGGCCCCUAUGGGACGAGUGGGGUUUAUGAGAAGGAGGAGGGGAGUUGGGAUGCGGUGGGGGAGGAGGAGUGGUUGGGGGCUGUGGGGAGGCAUUGGAUCUCGCUUUGA